CCUUGGGCGCUGCUGCCCAGCCCUGCCCUGCCCGACCCCCGGGCCGCGGGGCCCAUUGACGGUGACACACCUACACUCAUUCACAGACACACUCCCCUGCGUGCCAGCCGCAGACACACAUUCAUAAACAGGCCGGGAGAAGUACACACGCGCACCCCCUCGCUGCCUACUCUUUCUUUCGGGAGCCCUGAGUCAUCUCUACCCCCUCACCGGGCUCCCCCUUUUCCCGUGUGCAGGCGCACUGGUGCUGGGGCCCUUGGCGGGGGAAUCGCUCGCGGCCCACCCACCUCCCUUGGCCCCUUCCUCAGCUUGGUGCCUCUGACACUCAGCCAAGGACUUCCUGUAGGCCCGGGGUCAGGGGCCCAGAGUGCCUGGAUGGUGGCCACCGCCCCUGUGCAGCUGGGGGAGGCGCUUCCUUUUCCUGAACUCCGGGAGCCUGCAGGAGGAAGCGCGGGAGUUGGGUGGGGGCACGGCUCGCUGGUAGGCCUGAGCAGGUCUGGGGCCUGCGUUAGGCAGCGGCUGGAGGUGCAGGGGCCUAGCAUGAGGAGCUUGGCAGCAAGGAGGCCGGGUGUGGGCCCUGGGCCAGGCCCUCAGCAUGGAGUCCAUGUUUGAGGACGACAUCAGCAUCCUGAGCCAGGAGGCCCUGGGGCCCAGCGAGGUGUGGCUGGACGGGCCUGGAGACCCUGCGCUGGGAGGGGACAUGUGCUCCGCCUCCCACUUUGCCCUCAUCACGGCCUAUGGGGACAUCAAAGAGCGGCUAGGAGGCCUGGAGAGGGAAAACGCCACCCUGCGCCGCCGCCUCAAAGUCUAUGAGAUCAAGUACCCGCUGAUCAGUGACUUUGGCGAGGAGCACGGUUUCUCUCUCUAUGAAAUCAAGGAUGGCUCCCUGCUGGAGGUGGAUAAGGUCAGCCUGCAGCAGCGGUUCAACCAGUUCCAGCAGGAGUUGCAGAACAACAAGGAGCAGGAAGAGCAGCUCGGGGAGAUGAUCCAGGCUUACGAGAAACUCUGCGUGGAGAAGAGUGACUUGGAAACGGAGCUGGGGGAGAUGCGGGCCCUGGUGGAGACGCACCUGCGGCAAAUCUGUGACUUGGAGCAGCAGCUGCGGCAACAACAGGGCCUUCGAGACGCCGCCUUCCCCAGCCCUGAGUCCCCGCCCGCCCCUGCCCCACCGUGUACUGACCUGGACAUGCACUACCUGGCGCUGAGAGGGGAACAAACAACCCUCAAUCAUGUGUUCCCUUCCCUGCCAGCGGGCUGGCCAGGCCCUACGCGCCCAAGUGUGAGUGAGCUGGAGCGGCAGCGCCUGGAAGAGGCUCUGGAGGCUGCUCAGGGAGAGGCCCGGGGGGCCCAGCUGCGGGAGGAACAGCUACAGGCCGAAUGUGAGAGGCUGCAGGGGGAGCUGAGGCAGCUGCAGGAGAGCCGGGCCCAGGAUCUGGCCUCCAACCAAUCGGAGCGGGACAUGGCAUGGGUGAAGAGAGUGGGGGGCUCACAGGUGAACUUGGCAUUGGCCUACACAGAGCUGACCGAGGAGCUGGGGCGGCUUCGGGAGCUGAGUUCCCUGCAGGGCCGAAUCUUGAGGACCCUGCUACAGGAGCAGACCCGCAGCUGCGGCCAGAGACACUCGCCACUGUCGCAGCGUCACUCCCCGGCCUCCCAGUGCCCCUCGCCGUCCCCGCCGGCCCGAGCAGCGCCCCCAUGCCAGUCGCCCGUCCCGCAGCGCCGUUCGCCCGUGCCCCCGUGCCCCUCACCCCAGCAGCGCCGCUCGCCCGCCUCGCCCUCCUGCCCGUCGCCCGUCCCGCAGCGCCGCUCGCCCGUGCCACCGCCCUGCCAGUGCCCCAGCCCGCAGCGGCGCUCCCCGGCGCCCUCCAGCUGCCCGGCACCGCAGCCCCGGCCACCGCCGCCACCACCGCCGCCUGCGGACAGGACGCUGGCUGAGCGCACCUACGCCAAGCCGCCCAGCCACCACGUGAAGGCCGGCUUCCAGGGCCGCCGCAGCUACUCGGAGCUGGCGGAGGGCGCGGCCUACGCGGGCGCCUCCCCGGCCUGGCUGCAGGCCGAGGCAGCCACGCUGCCCAAGCCGCGCACCUACGGCGGCGAGCUCUACAGCCCCGCGGCGCGGCCACUCAGCCCACGGCGCGCCUUCGAGGGCAUCCGGCUACGCUUCGAAAAGCAGCCGUCGGAGGAGGAGGAGUGGGCCGUGCCCGCCAGCCCGCCCAGCCCCGAGGCCGGCACCAUCCGCUGCGCCUCCUUCUGCGCGGGCUUCCCCAUCCCUGAAUCGCCCGCAGCCACCGCCUACACCCACGCUGAGCACGCGCAGUCCUGGCCGUCCAUCAACCUGCUGAUGGAGACGGUGGGCUCCGACAUCCGUAGCUGCCCCCUCUGCCAACUGGGUUUCCCUGUGGGGUACCCGGAUGACGCCCUCAUCAAACACAUUGACUCCCACCUGGAGAACAGCAAGAUCUAGGGCACCUCCCCCCACUAGCUGUCUCUCUACCCUCUGCCCUCGCCCCCCAGCCCAAACUCUCUCACUCACUUUGAAUGCUGCAUGACUCUGGUGGGGGGCGCCAGCCCCCCGCAACCCCCAGAUACCUCCACUAGCUCCUGAGUCAAUGUGUGUGCCAUCUUCCCCGGCCCAGGCACCACUCAACUCUGGCUCUUCCAGGAGGUCCACUAAGCGCCCCCUCCCUGCCAACCUUCCUGGCUUCCACGGAGGAGGGGGGGUGCUUCAGGCUGGGGUGGGGAGGGGUAGACCUCUCCCAGGCCUCUCCCUCUGCUUUUCUGUUCUGAAACAGGGUUGGAGUUAAGAAUGUGUCUAGUGCUUGGGCUGGGGGAGGGGGAGAAUGUCAGAGGAAUCCAGGAGCCCUCCCCCAACCCCUCCCCUGACAUCCAUCUGUCCCAGGCUGUGCUCUGUCUGGGGCACAUGUCCCCGUGGCGUUCAGAGCCUGCCUGUACAGUAAUGCUGGCUUCUCCACUUGAAGCCCACCCAGGCUGGUAGCACCAGCUACCAUGGGACAUGCAGGCGGCUUCAUCUGUGGCCACUCCCUGCAGGCCAGCCAGUCUCCCACACUCUGGCUGCUUUAGGGCUUAGGGAGGGUGGGAAAGGAGGGGCAGGGGGCCUCCCCUGUGGCCCCAGCCUGUGCCUGCCUCCUGGAGCCCUGGCACAUAGCACAGGUUGUCAAGGCAGAUCCUCCCCCCCCGCCACAAAUCCCCCCAGCCUUGCCCCUACCCAAGCCGCUGAUACCACAGGUGCCCUAGAGCCCGCGUGUGACGCAUGGACAGGCGUCGUCGGCCCCUGUCUUCCAGGCCAGGACCUAGGAAGGGGCCCAGGGUGCCCGGGAGAUCUACUUCAAAAGAGCUAACCCCCUUCCCAUGCCCCUCAACCCACAUUCCCUCCGUGAAAUCUACCUCAGAAGGAUGGGGAGCAGGCGGCUGGGGUGGGAGCCUCCUGGGCAAGAGCCUGCCGCCCCAAGUGAGCCCACCCCCAACCCCGCCCCACCAGCCGCUCGCUAGCAGCUUGCAGCCCUGGGCGGGUGGCCGCAGACGCUGCUGUCCACGCUCGUGCCCUUCCGAUCCAGCUCUUCCAGGCCCUUCCUCACCUCCUCCUUCCUCAGUGCUGGGGAGGGAGAGGUCGUGUCCAGUGGGGAAGGGGCCCAAGACUCCAGAGACAAAUGGCAUUGUACCCUGAGUGCUCCUCAGGUUGAGGACGUGGGGAAGGGGGCCUGGAGAGGGAUGGGGCUCAUGUGCUCGCGGAACAAGUUGGAAGUCCAAAUAAACUUACCUGCUCCAUCUGCGCUCA